UGUAAAAGUUUUUUAUAAUUUUCUUUCUAAUCUUUAUCUUUAUCACGUAAUAUUUUAAAAUUGCUUCUACAAAAAUAAAUGCUACGUUUCUAAACAGGGUAUUUGAAAUAAAUUAAAGAGUAGCGUGUACGAGCUAUGGUUGGGUGACCUAAUCGUCCCAUCGUCGAUUUUGUUCUCCGAUCGAAGUAUCCUGCGAUGAGCUGUAGUAAUCUAGCAAUUCUCACCGAUGAAAUGAAGGAUUGACCAAAAGAUUGGGUAUAUAUGGCGGAUAAGAGGAAGAUCAAGACCGAAGCUAGCAGUAGCAGCAGUAACAUCAAUAAUGGUAGAGGCGAAAGCGUCGUCGUCGAUGUUGGUCGCCGUAGAAGCUCUUGCGGUUAUUGCAAAUCCGGCUCCAACACCAGUAUUACUCACGGUUUAUGGGCACACAGUUUGACUGUUCAUGACUACCAAGCUCUUCUUGACAGAGGUUGGAGGAGAUCUGGUUGUUUCCUCUACAAACCAGAGAUGGAAAAGACAUGUUGCCCCUCUUACACAAUUCGUUUGAAAGCAACUGAUUUUGUUCCUUCCAAAGAGCAAAGCCGUGUAUCCAAACGAAUGCAAAGGUUUCUAGAAGGUUCAUUAACUGUUAAGAACCAGAUGAACAAAACGAGCCAUCAAGUGAUGCAAUCCGCGUUUCAGAUGGUGAUGAUCAUGACACAUGCACCCAACACGGGGAUUUCCCCAAAUGACAUAAUCGCCCCUAAAGCUUCCGUAAAACCCGUUGCACCAUCAAAGCGCAAGUUACAAGCCGAAGAAGCACACGACCUUUUGUACUCCAGCAACAUUUCUUUUCAGAUAUCCGCUGCUUUAAAACGAGGCAAUAAGACUAUCCAAAAAGACAACCAAAGCAUGGACCCGAACCCGAAACUGAUCGCGGAAAUUUUAUCAGGGCAUUUAAGUAAUUUAACACCACCUCUCCAUUUGUCUGUGAAAGCUUGCAACGGACAUAUAAACUUCUAUUCCACCGAGACACAACCACCAGACACAGAAUCAAUAACCGGAAACGGAAAGGCUUCUUCCGUUUGUAAAGACUCUUCUUCCAAGGGUAUUUCUGUAAAUAAACAGAGUCUUGAGAUCCGUUUAAAAAGAUCCGGGUUUGACCCGGAAGAAUACGAGCUAUACAGGAGAUACCAAAUUAAAGUGCAUAACGACACACCGGAUCACGUGACUGAAAGCUCUUACAAACGGUUUUUGGUUGACAGUCCUUUAAUUUUUGUCCCCACAAGUGGUGAUGUCAGUGUUCCAUCUUGUGGAUUUGGUUCCUUUCAUCAACAGUAUUUGAUUAAUGGGAAGCUGAUUGCAGUUGGUGUGAUUGAUAUUCUUCCUAAAUGUUUAUCCAGUAAGUAUUUGUUUUGGGAUCCGGAUCUUGCCCAGUUGUCACUGGGUAAAUACUCAGCACUUCAAGAAAUAAAUUGGGUGAGAGAGAAUGAAAAGCAUUGUCCUACUUUGCAGUAUUAUUAUCUUGGAUAUUAUAUUCACUCUUGUAGCAAGAUGAGAUAUAAAGCAGCUUAUCGCCCAUCUGAGCUUCUCUGUCCUCUUCGUUAUCAGUGGGUUUCUUUUGAUAUUGCAAAGAGGUUGCUUGAUAGAAAGGCGUAUGUUGUGUUGUCUGAUUAUGCUAACUUGCUGGAUGAGGGAGAUAUGUCAGUUAAUGAUAGUAAGAAGAAUGUGGUGGAAGAUCAAACCCAAAGAGAAGAGGAAGAAGAAGAAAAUGAGCGUUUUGGAGAAGGAUCAAAUGAUGUUCGUAUGGAUGGGGAUGAAGAAAUGUCUGAAGUUGCUUUUGAUGAGUCUGAUGAUGAUGAUGGAACGGGUAGUCUGACACCUGUAGAAAUGGAAAAGGAUGUGAGUAAUAUUGUUAUUGGUUUGAAGGGAAUGCAUCUGAAAUACAAGGACAUACGACAAGCUUUUGGAGUGAAUGAAAGAAAUUAUCUGGAAAAUCAGCUGCAUAAAUACGCGACAGUUGUGGGUACUGAUCUGUCUGAAAGAAUGAUUUAUUCGCUUGGUUGAUGCAUUUGGAAAUCAUCAGAAGCAAGUGAGGUUGAAAUGCUUUUCACAACAAGAACUUCUACCUUCAUAUAAUCUGUUAAAAAAAAAAAAUCAUGUUUGUUGUUUCAUCUUUUGUGGUUUCACUAGAAUAUAUACAUACAUAUAUAUAUAUAUAUAUCCUAACCACACUCAACUUACUACUCCGAUCUUGGUUGCUUGGAUUUUUAUGAAUUACUUUUUAGUGUACAAAUUGUGAUUCACAUGGUACACAUAAAAUAGGGUCCCAACCAGUUUUCGUGUGGAUAAAAUCGUAAGAAACCUCAUCUUUACUACACUUUUUCCUUCCUGUUUAAUCAAAUAAUAAAGCAUUCUAUCUUGUAUAUUUCUUUUCCCUGGACUUUUUUUUCUUCUUCAUCAAACUAAUCAUGUAUGUUAGAGAUGUAAGUUAAAAAGGUUACUAAAAGGGAUUAAGGGUC